AUGCGCCCGGCCUUCCACCACCUCUGCCUCCUCCUCUGUCUCCUUUCUCCCGUACUCGCAGUCGGCCCAUCCUGUCUAAAAGUCGUCACCGCACUCGUUGGCCGACCGAGCCACAUUUUCAACAAGUUCCAGACCGAGAUUUGUGAUCGAGGAUGCCAGCCUACAAUCCCUCAUUGGGACCUUUGGACCCGCAAUAACUCCUUUGUUCCCGCCGUCCAAAGCCUGAUGAAGCGCAUGAAUGUCCCCCAUCAGGAAGAGGCUCUGCUGAAAAUGGGCGACGACGUGGCUGUCAUCAUUAAGCGUCGCUGUGAACCGCUGCUGCAUGGCCGCCAUAUUUGCUCCGAUCCCAACACACUGGCCGACUUUGGAAAUUGCUUCAAGCGCAACUUCCUGCAGGCAUCGAUCAAACACCUUCCGGUGCUGCUCCCCAUGGCGUCGGAGCAAGCUUGCCGUGAGCAGCACAAGUUUCUCCAACAAGAUGAGCUCUGGGAAGAAACCAUCCCCCAGAAUAUGCGGGAUUAUGCCAGUGUUUGCGACAAACUCAGUCCCCCUGAGCAUGAGGAAUUAUGA